AUGGCGUCCGCUGCCCCUGCUGAUAUCCAGGGCCCUUCCCAUCCGAAUCCGGAGGGGCUCAACACCUCUGCAAGCACGCAAUUCCCUCCCAUCAACAUCGGCACGCGCAACUCGGUUCUCGCGCAGAUCCAGGCUCGCGCAGUCGAGGCGAGUUUGAAACAAGCAUAUCCCCAUCGCACAUACAAUAUAUGCCCCGUCGUGGUCCAGGGAGACCGCGACAAGAUCACGCCGCUGCAGCAGCUGAGCCAAGGCGAAAAUGCGAAAAGCUUGUGGACGGGAGAGUUGGAGAGCAUGUUGGAGGCGGGCGACCUGGACAUUAUUGUGCACUGUCUGAAGGACAUGCCCACACAGCUACCAGAACACCUCGCGCUUGGUGCCAUACUCGAGCGUGAAGAUCCCCGCGAUGCCCUUCUUAUUUCUCCCCGCUUACCCAAAGAGACCACGCUGGCCACAUUACCCCAAGGCGCCACCAUUGGAACUUCGUCGGUGCGCCGCGCCGCCACAUUACGAAAGUUGUACCCGCACUUGAAGUUUGCCGACUUGAGAGGAAAUGUUGGUACCAGGCUAGGGAAGCUGGAUGCCGAGGAUUCGCCCUACCAGGCCAUCAUCUUAGCCGCUGCUGGCUUGAAGCGCAUGGGCUUGGAGAACCGCAUCACACAAUACCUGAGCAGUACCAGUGGCGGUAUGCUCCAUGCUGUUGGCCAAGGCGCGUUGGGUAUUGAAAUCAGGAAAAAUGAUGAGGCCAUGAAGGAGAUUGUGAGCGGUGUUCGAUGUGAACGGACGACAAGAGCAUGCUCAGCCGAGCGCGCGCUCCUGCGAACGCUAGAGGGAGGCUGCAGCGUACCUAUUGGUGUGGAGACUUCGUGGAGAGGCAGCAAGGGCUUAGCCGUCGGUACGCAGCCACUAAAAGACUACGACAAGCAUGGAAACGCCAUGGAGGAGGAGCAGCCAGAUAUUGACGAUCAGGAGCUGGUAUUGCGCGCUAUGGUGGUGAGCGUUGAUGGUAAAGAGUCGGUCGAAUUCGAAGCAGCCCACAAAGUCCGAAAUGCACAAGAAGCCGAAGAGAUGGGGAGAGAGGUAGCCAGAGCGCUAAUUGAGAAGGGAGCGGACAAGAUUUUGGAGAAGAUCAACGUAGAAAAGCAGUGGACAGCGAAGAAGCAACUCGAAGAGCUAAAGGCCAAAUCUGCCACUUCCUAGAAGACUUUGAGGACGAAAAUCCAAUAACAAGAUUCAACGU